AUGAAGGAGUUGGGGGAUGUAGGAGGAGGCAGGGAGGAAGAGACUGGCGCGGAGGUCAAGCCGAGUAGCACAACAAAUCAAACUAUCACCAUCACAACCGGCUCGAGAGGUGGCGACGGAGAGCAACUUGGAGUCCAAGGCCGACGGACAAUGCGGAGCCUCGUAUUCUCAGCGGAGGCAGACAUAGAAAACAACGAAAGGAAGAAUAAGAAGAAGAAGAUGGACAGCAGCAGCAAGUCAUCUGCAUCGAAAACGACGACGCUCAAAAACGGGGAAGAGGAGGAGGAGGAGGACACAACGGCGACGUUGGGGUCGGAUGGGAAGACGAAGAAGAUGAAGGUAAAGGCGAGUCGCGUGAAAUCCCUCUCAUCCUCUGCAUCUGCGCUGGGCGGGCGCGGCAUCGAUCGAAAGCAAAAGGCCAAGGAGCAGCUGCGCUUCGAUCCGGUGGAUGUGAACAACAAGCCCGCCGCGACGACUACUUUAACGACAACAACGUUGGAGAUGAAUAGUGGCGGUGGCGGCAGCGGGAAGAAGGGGCAGCAGCGGGGUGUGCAGUACAGCAAAGAUGACGUAGAGCGAACGAAGAAGGAGAAGGGGAAGGAGCUGCUCAGCAGCGUGAGCGCCAUCGGCACCACUGUCAAGUUAGGCAGCAGCCAGAGCAGCGGCGGCCGAGGUGCAAGCAAGAAGGUGGUGCCCGAGGGCGACGACAAGAAGAUGAACAACAAGAAGGCGCUGCGGGCCGACGAGCAGACCCCGCGGCUGCGACAGCUGCAACGGGCCAUCCUCGCCGACGACCCACACCGCGUAG